AUGGGCGACGAGGCGGGUGCAAAGAAGCCACAGCUCACCGGCCCGCUGUCUCGUCUGUCCGAGGACAACAUCACCGACAUCCUCGCCCGCCUGCCGGCCAAGUCGGUGCUCCGCUGUGGCGCCGUCUGCAAGGCGUGGCGCGGCAUCACCACCGACCCCGGCUUCCUCGCCGCUCAUGCACGCCUCCGGCCGACCGACGUCGUCAUGUACACUUACGAGUACUGGUCGCCGUCGUCGCCGACCCCCAGCCCGAGCCUGCUUUAUUGGGACGACGACGACCACUUCGUCGACGUUGAGCUGCACGCGGUCCCCGUUUCCUCCGACGAGGCGGGCCGGCGGCACCUCAUCCGCUACCCCGACACGCAAGCCUGGCUUCUCCUCGCCUCGUCCGACGGCGUCCUCCUGUUCAAGAAGGACGAGGGGUUCUACCUCCUCUGCAACCCCACAACGAGGCAGUGGGCCCAGCUUCCCCGUCUUCCUCGCGCUCAGCAGGACAGCCGCAACCACACUGAUAGGGAGUUUGCCUUCUACUUGGACAUCCCGUCCGGCGAGUUCCGGCUGCUGUGCCGGCGCAGCUUGACCACCAAUGGCACAUGGUGCAUCCUCUCCACCGGCGGCGCUGCAGAACCACGGCAGGUGGACAUGGCCGCCGCGGAGUCUUCCGGGAUAACACAACUGGUGCCCAGCCUGCAUACGAAGGAGACACAUGUGGCUUUCCGCGGCCGCCUGCACUGGCCGCCUCACCAGGCCUGCACUGUCACCGGCCGGACUGAGAUGGUGGUGUUCGACAUGUCACUGGAGAGGUUCCACCUGAUGGCUGGGCCGUCAACAACCACCGGUAAGUUUACGAAGCUGUUUAUUGGCAUGGAUGAAUUGCUUGGGGCUGCCGACUUUGGGAAGGCGGCGAGCCAUGUCGACCUCUGGUUCCUUGGGGAUUAUGACGACAACAAAAGCUGGGAACUCCGGCACCGAGUCGCCACGCCGUGGGCGGGAUCGCCCGGCGGCGAUGGAAGGCCGCUGCUACCUGUUGAUCUGAUGUCUGUGGCCGCCGCCGGUGACGGAGAAGGAAACGUCAUGCUGGGUAAUCACAAGGGGUUAGUGGUGUACAACGUGAGGAGGAAGAAGACGGUGAGGACCGUCGACACCGUGGCGAAACCAGAUGCUCUCAUGACGCGGCAUGUGUUCAAGGAGAGCCUGGUUCAGCAACCGGGGUUCGUUGCUGCCGAACAGUCCUCUCUCGACCUGUCGUUGGUUCGCUUCUAG